AAUAAAAGGUCGAUGAAAAUUAUUUCUUUUUUUUUAAAAAAAAGAAAAAAGUUGAUCAUUUUUCGUUUUGUUACUUUUUAUGACGUCAUGUAGAAUAAAACCAUUUGAAGCCUUGGAUGGGAUGCGUAGCUUCGCUUCGCCGUGUAUGGUGAAUAUAGGCCACCAGCAACAACUACUAUUCUUGAUGAUAACAAUAUUUUUGAUUUGAUCAAAAUUUUUGAUUUUUGUUGGAAUUUUGCUAAAUCUUUGAAUUAGCUAUCGAUUUUUUCUAAUUUUGAAGUGUUGUAUGUUUCAUAUUCACAGUAUAACCUGAACUCAAAGAAAUACUCAAGGUUGGAUAACAUUUUCCUCUAUUGAGCUACCAUCCUAUAAGCAAAAAUGGGAAAGCACGAAGUUUGUACUCCUAAAUUCAUUGCGAAUAAAAUCAAAGCUAAAGGACUUCAGAAACUACGUUGGUUUUGUCAGAUGUGCGAAAAACAAUGUCGAGACGAGAACGGUUUCAAAUGUCAUACCAUGUCCGAAUCGCAUCAACGACAACUACUACUCUUCGCCGACAGCCCUGGUCGUUUUAUGAGUGAAUUUUCUCGACAGUUCGAGCGCGAUUUCUUGGAGCUACUCCGUCAUCGUUUUGGUACGAAAAGAGUGUUAGCUAACAAAGUAUAUCAGGAAUAUAUUACCGACCGAAAACAUCUCCAUAUGAACGCCACUCAUUGGGAAACGUUGACUGAUUUUGUUAAAUAUUUGGGACGAGAAGGGAAGGCAAUCGCCGACGAAACCGAAAAAGGUUGGUUCAUCACCUAUGUAGACCGAAGUCCUGAAAACAUCCUUGCGCAAGAAGCAAAAAGUAAGCAAGAGAAGUUGAAAAAAGACGACGAAGAUCGAAUGCAGAAGUUUAUUGAGAAACAAAUAGAAAUAGGAAAGCAGUCUGCGUCUACUUCUACUUCCGAAAGCGCUCCUACCGAACUGAUUAAAGCUGAAGAUGAAAAAAUAUCGCUUAAACUGAAUUUUAAACCAUUUAAGAAGCCGGAGCUGAAAUCUGUUCCUAAAGCAUUUUUAGGAGAACCAAAAAGGAAAAAACUCAAGACCGAUAUCAAACCAAUGAAGAAACCUGAACAAAGAUACAUUCCAGAACCGAUUUUUGACGAAUCAAAACAUAAAAAAAUGAGAUUAAAUAAGUGAUCAUAUUUCGUUGAUUUGUCUAAAGCACAUUAUUGCUAUGAAUAAAGGAAUGGUUGUACGUUCAGAAAUUGAGUAAUACCACUUUGUGCGAAGUUAUGUGUAAACUGCAGAAAUGACAGAAAGAUUUGUGUUUUUGUCCUAUAAUUUUUUUCUCUACUGUCUCUAGUGUGCAGUUUUAUGGAUCGUUGGUGUAUAGAUUCGUGUUUGAGGGGGUUGUUUUAAAAAAAAAAUUGUGCUUGCAAUAUUUUUAAAUCAAUGUAGGUAAUUUAUGUAAAUGACAAGAUUUUUUCGACAUCGUCAGCUAAACGAUUUUGUUAAUCAUUACAUUUUUUGUAAAUUUCUAUGUACAUAGAACCCGAAUAAAAAUAUUAAUUGAGAA